AUGUUCGAAAUUCGCCAGGAGCCUCCGCCAUACUCGAUUCUGCAUUGGCGGCCGGAAGGUCCGCAGGUCAUCUACCCACGAGAGGAGGAAGGAAAGGAGAAACUACCGCAGUAUGGCUGCCACGUCCACAUCGAAGGCUAUCUGCCGCGCAAGAUGGAGUUCAGUUCGCCAGGUGUGCAGGCAAGAGACCGCAGCUGGCGCCGACUCUACUUUGUUCUCCAUGGCACCAUGCUCCGUGUCUACAGGCAGGAUCUCUCUUCGCAUCAGCCGCUACGGACGUACACGAUGCAAGGCGCCGAAUCAGGACUUGCAGCGGAUUACCUCAAGCGUCGACACGUGGUUCGUGUCCGAGCUGAAGGAGAGCAGUUUUUGCUACAGACAAAGGACGACCGGCACGUCGUGGAUUGGAUCGAGGCUUUGCAAGCCGCCACCAACGUAGCGAUGGAUCUCGAGACCAGGCCAAUGCCCAAAUUUAUCACAUUACCCCGAAGACGUCGGCGAAGGAGGCACAAUCCAGACGGCACAGCCGCGUCGCCGACAACUGAGCGCGAAGCAGCAGACCUGGCCGAAGCGCAGCGGCGCUCAUUGGCCGACCAGAAUGGCUCUGUGGCGGCGACGACGGCCGGCGCAAGUGGCCGGCGCAGCAGAGACGAAGUCAACGCUGCAUUCAAUCUGAUGAUCAGCGAGGUGGGUGGAAGGCUCGCUCGCGUUUGGCUCCACACAGAUCUGACCGUCUUUUUGCUCUCAUUCACGCAGGACCAAGAAAAUAUGAUGUCCACGCGUCAGGCAUCGGUAAUCUGAUUAACGCAAGAUGGUCAAUUGCUACGAUCGACAUACAACAUUUAUCGUACACGGAUGUACAUUCAUCUUGGCUUGCAUUUAUCAUUCAAGGUAUGCUAGGCGCUAGGCGCCAGACCGUCUUGGGCGACGGAUAAUUGCAUCGCACCACUCGUGCCAUUUCCUUCCACGAUUUUCGCUCGAAUCAUCCAGCCGCAGUCACUACGAUUGGGUUUUGGUGUAUGCAUAUUACAGACGGCAUUCGUCGCACACCCUUUUUAUACAACAGACACUGUAUUACUAGCACAUCGCCUGUUUGCUUCUAUUAGCAUUGAAGUUUGAUUUCGCCUACCUUCGAGCGUGCCUGUUAGUCCCGGGACGCGCUCAACGCUCUCGAGCAGGCAAUUGCGGUGA